AAGAAGAAGAAGGAAAACAGACAAACCAAACACGGUCUUAACUGGAAGCAUCCCUCUCUCACACACAGGGCAAUUUCAGACGGUGUAUCAGAGCAAUGCCAUCAAAGCUUCCAGCUUCAUUCCCUUGCCUGAUCCUCCUAUCAGUCUUUCUUCUCUACCUCUACUCGUCUUCUCUUCCUAAUCAUUUUUUUACAUCCAUUACCAAAACUUCCAUUUCUACACCAGCCACUUCUUCUUCUACUACUACUACACCAUCUUGCAAUCUAUUUAAAGGUAACUGGGUCUUUGACCCAAAACCCGCAAUACCCAUUUACAAUGAGUCUUGCCCAUUUCAUAGAAAUGCAUGGAAUUGCCUUAGAAACAAACGAGACAACAUGGGUAUCAUCAAUUCUUGGAAAUGGGUACCUAAUGAUUGCAACUUGACACGGAUUGAUCCAGAGAGGUUUCUGCGUUUUAUGAGAAAUAGGAAUAUUGGGUUUGUUGGUGAUUCCUUAAAUGAGAAUUUCUUGGUUUCUUUUUUGUGUAUUCUUAGAGCUGCUGAUUCUGGUGCUAAAAAAUGGAAAAAGAAAGGAGCUUGGAGAGGUGCUUAUUUCCCUAAAUAUAAUGUAACUGUGGCUUAUCACCGGGCUGUUUUGCUUGCAAAAUAUGAGUGGCAGCCAAAACAGUCUGCACUUGCCAAUGAUGGAAAGAGAAAAUGUCGAGUAGAUGUUGACAUACCUGCAGAUGAUUGGGCCACAAUUAGUGACUUCUAUGAUGUUCUCAUAUUUAAUACAGGCCAUUGGUGGGGUUAUGACAAAUUCCCUAAAGAGACUCCUCUUGUUUUCUAUCAUGCCGGACAACCGAUACGUCCUCCUCUUGGGUUGUUUGAUGGCCUUAAGGUUGUUCUUGAGAAUAUGGUCUUGUACAUACAAAAAGAGAUUCCUAUCAAGACAGUCAAGUUUUGGCGAAUGCAAUCACCAAGGCAUUUUUAUGGUGGUGAGUGGAAUCAAAAUGGAAGCUGCUUGUUUAAUGAGCCCCUGAAGGAAAGUGAGCUAAGCCUUGGACCUCUUAGGUUAUAUGUUGACAGUUUGCCAUAUCCUGAAAUGUUACAUCAAAGUUUCAAACUUUGUUAGCGGAUAUGACGUGAAGUAAAGUUUGACCUUUGACAUCAUGCCGAUAAUGGUGUGCAGUACUUCGUCAUGAAAUUUAUAUUUUAUUUGCUCAUCUAAGAGAUUAUAUACUGACACCUGGACAGCUGGACUUGUGGUUUGAUCCAAGCAACAAUGGAGUAAACAGAGAAGCCAGACAAAUUAAUCAGGCAAUUGAAGAGGCAUUGCAAGGCACAGAUAUUCACCUGCUGGACCUAACUCAUUUGAGUGAAUUUAGAGUAGAUGCUCACCCAGCAAUUUGGUUGGGAAAGAAGGAUGCUGUGGAAAAAUGGGGCCAGGAUUGCAUGCAUUGGUGCCUACCUGGUGUUCCUGACACUUGGGUUGAUAUUCUGUCGGAGCUUAUCCUAACUAGUACAGAAACAAGGUGAUGAACAGAGAAUAUACUGCUACCAAGUUGUAUCAAGAUUUCAUUUUGCAAACAUCUGUACAUCACACAGUAAAAGGCUAGGCAGUUCAUGGACCAUGUUUUUAUGAUCUGAUUAUCAGAAUACAAGCUGGUGCUACAGACAGUCCUCUUGGAGAUACUGAUUCAAGUACAUUCAGUUCAUUUCACAUAAACACUGUGAAGGGAAAUAAGUUAUUCCCUGUGAUAAAGAGAAACAAAAUUGAGACGAAAAGUAGGACAUUCUUUUGGGCGGUAAGUGAUCUAGAGGCAACUGAUUCAUUGCAUUUUCUUCCACUUGAUCCUAUAGGUUAGCAAGUUUGAAAUGUCUUGUGUCUAUAAACAAUUCUUUCUUCGAUUUUACUUGUAUUGAGCAUCUUGUUUCCCCACACAGGAAUUUUCCUUCAAUGCGUACCAAUUCCCAGUAUUCUGUUAA